AUGUCUGUCGAGAUUGAUCCCAGCGAGCUGGCCUUCACCCGGCCAUUUACAUCCGAGGUGUCCCAGUCACUGAAGAUCCGCAACCCUAAUCACACGCCUGUUGCGUUUAAGGUCAAGACCACUGCCCCGAAGCAAUACUGUGUGCGCCCCAACUCUGGAAGAAUCGAGCCUGGCAAGGAAGUUGAGGUUACGGUUCUCCUCCAGGCCAUGAAGCAAGAGCCUCCGCUCGAUGUCAAGUGCAGAGACAAGUUCCUGGUCCAGUCCGUGGCAAUCACCGCCGAUAAAGAGUUCAACAACACCAGCGCCAUUCAUGUUGACGAAGCCGAGAGAUCAAGCGUUCAGGAGAAGAAGAUCCGGGUCGUCUACCUUGCCCAGGGAGGCGCUUCAGCUGCUACGCUCACACCCGUGAAGAAUGGCGGCACAUCUCGCAGCUCUAUCAACACCCCCGAGACGGCUCCUCCAGCAUACGGCACGCAACGGUCGCCCUCCCCAGAACAAGCUGCAUUCACGCCUGAACCUCGCCGCUCGGCUGCCGGAACAUCAAAGUACGAUACCAAGACUCCUACCGCCAAGUCCUCUUCUUCGAACCUGGCUUCGUCCGUCCAAGAUGCUGUUGGGAACGCUGCCCCGAUGUCCUACGAAGAUAUGAAAGCCAAGCUGGCAGAAGCUCAAGCUACGAUUGCCAGCUACGCACAAGAAGGGGGUAUUCGAAUGCGCAAGGUAGCCCAAGGAGAGACGAGCAACGCAACCGUCAAUGACGUAGCCCACCAUGUGCAAGGAAAUCAGGGUGUACCUCUCCAGAUCGUUGCUGCGCUAUGCUUAGUUAGCUUCUUGCUGGCCUACGUGUUCUUCUGA